CUGGCGGCAGAUCGUGGCGUGGCGAUGCGCGCUUCAAAAAGGCAGAGAAUGUCAACGCGGAGCAUAGUCCCACGGUGGCUGGGGAGGUGCUUCCAGGCGCACCGCUGAGCGGCUCCAAGGACGCAGCCCCUGCCUCGCGAAGAGGGCACCGGGCAGCAGCCUCUCGGCGCUAAGUCGCUCGCACUCCAGGAGGCAGCCGGAGGACGGCAGAAGUGGGGAGAGAGAGAGACUGGGCGCCUCCGAGCUGAGCUGAGCCGCACAUGGCUCAGCCGGAGCGCGGUUCGUGCGCAGAGAGCCUGCAGCCGCGGCUAGACAUGUGCGCGCCAAACUCUGCCCGGAGUCCUUGGCCAGGGCGCAGCGGCUGAAGGGCUGUGCUGCUCGGGAGAGGCGCGCGCACGCGGCUGCCUGCAGGCGCCUAUGCUGAGAGGCCAAAUUAGCCCGGGCUCUGCUGAUCAUGGUCAACAAGACCCUAAACUACUGGGAUCCUGAUUUUGAGGAUGACGUCAUCAACAUCAACGUUGGGGGUCUGAGAAGAAGGCUUAGUUCGAGUGCCCUUUCCAAGUUCCCAGACACACGCCUGGGGCGCUUGCUUUCCUGUGACUCAGAGGAGUCCAUCCUUCAGUUGUGUGAUGACUAUGAUGUGAGUGCUAGGGAGUUCUACUUUGACCGGAACCCCGGAUUCUUCCUGUAUGUCCUCCACUUCUACCAGACGGGCAAGCUGCAUGUUAUGGAGGAGCUGUGCGUCUUCUCCUUUUGCCAGGAGAUUGAGUACUGGGGCAUCAAUGAGUUCUUCCUGGAUUCCUGCUGCAGCUACCGUUAUCAUGAGCGGAAACUAGAGAGCCGUCACCACAACUGGGACGAAGAGAGCGAGGUCAGCAGCGUGGACACAUCCCCAGAUGAGAUCUCCGACUUCAACCAUGACCUGCUCCGCUACAGCACGCUGCACUGCGGCAAUCUGCGCAAGCGCCUGUGGCUCACCAUGGAGAACCCGGGCUACUCCAUCCCCAGCAAACUCUUCAGCUUUGUGUCUAUCAGUGUGGUGCUGGCCUCCAUUGCAGCCACGUGCAUCCACAGCAUGGAGGAGUACCAGCUGUUUGACGAGGACGGCAACUUGGAUGACUCGGUGCUGCAAAAACUGGAGUACUUCUGCAUCGCCUGGUUCACUUUUGAAGUAACCGCCCGCUUGCUCUUGGCACCUAACCGGAAGAAGUUUUUCAAGCACCCCCUGAACCUGAUUGACAUUAUCUCUGUGUUGCCUUUCUACUUCACUCUGGUGGUGGACCUGAUCUUUGGGAGCGAGUCUGAGCUAGGGAAUGUGAGCAAGGUGGUUCAGGUGUUCCGCCUCAUGAGGAUAUUCCGGGUGCUGAAGCUGGCACGGCAUUCAACAGGCCUGAGGUCUUUAGGAGCCACCUUGAAGCACAGCUACAGAGAGGUGGGAAUUCUGCUGCUGUACUUGGCUGUUGGGGUGUCUGUCUUCUCUGGAGUGGCCUACACUGCAGAAAAGGAUGAAGAAGCUGGUUUUGAUACUAUCCCUGCCUGCUGGUGGUGGGGGACAGUUAGCAUGACAACCGUCGGCUAUGGAGAUGUUGUGCCAGUGACUGUUGCUGGCAAACUGGCAGCCUCUGGUUGCAUCCUGGGUGGGAUUUUGGUUGUGGCACUGCCCAUCACCAUCAUCUUCAACAAGUUCUCCCACUUCUACCGCAGGCAGAAGGCCCUUGAGGCUGCUGUGCGGAACAGUGACAGAAGGGAAGUGGAGGAUUCUGAGACUUGCCGAAGCCAAGAGUCAGAGGUUCUAAGCGAAGCCUUCCAAAGAGUUGAUGACCUCACUAGAAACAUCCUUCCAGCCCAUUGAACAGAUUGCAGGGUCAGGGACUUCAAUUCUACUCUGGCAUCAGACAUCAAACAAGGAGCCAGUGAUAUGGUAGCAAGAGCAACAUCUGUCAUCAUUGACUUUCCAUUACCAAUGGCCUGCACUGGAAACAUUUGUGCUCAGCCAGUGCAGAAUACCCAUUGAUCUUACACAUCUGGAUUUCCAGUACUCCACCAGGACACUGUACACUGUGACUAACUCAUUCCUCUGCUAUUCAAGGGACAUCUGGAGCCCAGUGGCCAAAUACUAUGCUUCUUCGAUGCAGUUUGUAUGGAGUGCAGCAAGAGACAAUAGCUUCACCACUGCAGGCAUUUUUUGGUGACACCAGUUCCCUUAUGGAGGAUAAUGCUGCUUGCAUCUCUUAGUAUUAUCUACAAACUGAUAUCAAGGUUUCAGGAAUGAAUUGGAAAUGGAAGACUGGAGACUGGCAAACAGGCAGACUGUGUAUAACCGAAUAUUGUGAGAAGAUCACAUGCACUUACACACCCUGUUUUCGGUUCUAGUUUUUUGCUUUUUUUUUUUUUUCAUUCAGCUGCCAUGCCAAUAGCUGCCACACAUCUUGGAUGGCUUUAAAGGGGGGUUAGACAAAUUCAUGGAGGACAGGUCUAUCAAUGGCUACUAGUCUGUGUCUGUAGGGCACCUCCAGUCUCAGAGGCAAGGGCAACAAGAGAGAGGACAUGCUCUCACACCCUGCCUGUGGGCUUCCCGGAGGCGUCUGGUGGGCUAAAGUGUGAAACUGGAUGCUGGACUAGAUAGACCUAGGACCUGAUCCAGCAGGGCUCUUCUUAUGUUCUUGCCCUCUGCCCUGUUGCAACCAAAUGCUCUUCUGCCAACCUUAUGCUGUUAUUGCUCAAACCUCCUUCCCUCCCAAGCCCUUUCCAUGCUCUGUAAUCUGGGCUAUCACCUUAACUUCAACCGUUGCCAAAGAGACUGGAUAUUGGUUGUGAAGACUGGCCGGAAUGCUGUGACAAAAUGUGAUUUAUGGCUCCCACACAGCCACAAUGCUAGAAGAAAAAAAUCUUCUGACUUGGUUGACUUGCCUUAUAAAAUGUCCAGCCAAGUCUGAGACUCAGUGGAGGCUAGCGGCAACUUAGUCGAUGUAGCUGAGGAAGAUCCUAAAUGGCUCAAAAUCCAAUGAAGAAAGAUGAGGAGGGGAAUUGUCUUAUGAAUGUGCUAGAAAUGGCCAAGAUCAGGGUUGGAGCACUUGCUCUUGGGGCUGGCUCCAGGUUUGAGGGCAGAGUGUGCUUGGGUGGGUGUUCCCAUGAGGCAAAUUGACCAGAUGGUGGGAGUGGCAGUGGGAUGUAGCAGUAGCAACACUCCUCUCAGCACUGGGUGGCCAGAGCUGUCAUAUUCAAUCCCCUAGAAUGCCCCCUAUGUAGCAUUGCUCUGGAGCAACAUUACAUUUGGGGACUGUGGAAGAAUUAAAAUGUCAGCUCCAGCCACACCCUGAGAGGACCACUGGUCGGAAGGAGGGGGUAGAAAAUGUAGAGGGCCCAGUUGUGUGUGGCAGUGAGCCCACCUGGGGAGCUGGGCCUGUGGCAUUCAUGCAAGGAUGCCAUUGUGUGGUGCUGUGCUCCUGUAUGCAGUGGGGAUGCUGCUGAGACUGAAUUUGGAUCCCCACGGUUAGUUCUCCAUGUUUGGAAUGGCAUGGAUGACUUUAUAAAACUAUGCAUGGUGUGGAGAAAGUGGAUAGAGAAUUUGUUUUUUUCCCCUUUUGUAAUAUUAGAAUGUGUGGCUGCCUAAUGAAACAGAUUGGUAGUAGGUUGAGGAGAUACAAAAGAAAAUAACGACUUCUUGCAAUGCAAAAUUCAUAUAUGGGAUUUACUUCCCCAGGACAUGCAUGAUGGCUACUGACUUAGACAGCUUGAAAGGCGGAUGGACAAAUUAAUGGAGGAGAGCAGGUUUGUCAAGAGCUCUGGCUGUUAUAGCUAAUGAAGCCAUCUUUGGAGAUGGCAUGGCACGAAGUACUAGUUACAUAGGAAGCUGCAUACGGAGUGGGACCAUUGGUCCAUCUAGCUCAGUAUUGCCCACACUGACUGGUAGCAACUCUUCAAGGUUUUAGGCAGGGAUCUUUCUUGGCCCUGUCUGGAGAUGUUGGAGAUUAAACCUGGGACUUCCUGCAUGCAAAGCAGCUGCUCUGCCACUGAGCUACGAUCCCAUCCCUGAGUUGUGGCCCUGUCCCGUAGCUUGGGGAUGGGGCUGUUGCUGGAGGGCAACAGAAAGGAGGGCUGUUGAUUUUUAUAAAUUACCGGUGGCCUUUCCAAAAACAUCUGUUUGGUCAUGGUGGGCAACGAGAUGCUGGUCUUGAUGGACACUUGGUGUGGUCCAUCAAGUCUGCUCUUAAGCUCUCCUACUCACCAUCCUGUGUAGAGAGCAUCUCCACAUUCUACCACUUUUGCAGGUGGUGAGUACAGAGAUUCUGCAUGUGAGGAUGGCUUACUGCAAGGGAUGGUGACCCUAUGUUUGCAGAUCUCCAUCACAAUAGCAGCCUGUGCUCCAGCUUACAACCUGGUUUUUCUCCAUGUCUAGCCAAAGCAGGAAUAUGCAGCAGGUGUUUUUGUUUAUGCAUUUCCCUCACUGGUGAAGAUGCUUCAUCUUGCAAUGCAUUGCUUCUGUUUGGAGUCCCCUGCCUCAGUGAGCAGUUGUGGACAGUUGUGUAGUGCUGAAAGGACAGGCAGGGACCCAGUGCUGGUACUUUUUUCCUCCCGGGUCUCUGCAGGGACACAAAGCCCUUUGCUUUCUCAAAAGAAAUAAUAUGCUAAGCUUGCUGUUCCAAUAAUUGAAAACAAAAUCCGUGAACAACCUUAAACAGGUAGAAAUAUUAAUGAAUGUACAGAACAAACCCAUACACAAACCAAAGGUGCAAAAAUGCACCAAAUGAAGACUGAUACAAAAUCUGCACAAGGCAUUCCCAUACCAGGAGAGCUGGUCUUGUGGUAGCAAGCAUGAAUUAUUCACUUUGAUAAACAGGGUCUGCUCUGGUUGCAUCUCAAUGGGAGACUACAUGUUUGUGAGCACUGUAAGAUAUUCCCUUAGGGGAUGGAGCCGCUCUGGGAAGUGUACCUGCAUGCAGAAGGUUCCAAGUUCCCUCCCUAGCAUCUCCAAGAUACAGCUGAGAGAGACUCCUGCCUGCGACCUUGGAGAAGCCACUGCCAGUCUGUGAAGACAAUACAGUACUGAGCUAGAUGGACCAAUGGUCUGACUUGGUAUAUGGCAGUUUCCUAUAUUCUUGCCUUCUGUUACAAGGAGUAUCCUCCAUGCUUUGUGGUUGACGAUCUAGACUGUUCUUCUUGGUGAAUGAAGUUCAAGUUCUGUAGGAUUAGAAAACUGUCCUUUACUUCUUGUAACAGAACCUGCCCCCGCCCCAUUGCUGCUGCAGUUAUUGCAUCUAUUUGGGGGGGGGGGCAUUAGGGUGUGCAUGACUGUCAGGGUGGAUGUGGCUAUGGGGGCAGUCAUGGAGAGCACUUCCACUUCUAAAUUUGUGACUAUACCACUGGUUGUGGAGGAGGGUGAAUAAAGCUUCCAUUAAGACCUUGUGUGCCCUUGUAAAUGCAGCUGAUGGUAAGCACAUACCGGGGCCAGGUUGCCAUUUGUAACAUGGUGGGGUGAGUGUGUGUUGGGAGGGGGUUGUAUAGCUCUACUAAGUGCACAGUAGUAAGUCCCCAAAAAGGAGCCGAAGCAUCAUACCUGCAUUAAGACUCACGAAAAUGGCACAAAGCAGUUAACAAGCUUUCAGGUUCCUAGAAGGUUCCUGUUUAAAAUGUACAUGCCAG